GUCCGCGUCGCCAUCCACACCGACCGCCUCCCCAACCUCCCCGUUCUUCCUCUUCCUUCUCCUUUCUUCGUCAUCGGUUGCUGUCAAGAAAAGAGAGAGAGAGAGAGAGACGAGAGAGACGAGAGAGAGAGAGAUGGAUGUGGUGUUAUGCGACGAGCUGGUUCAGGAGAUCCUGCAGCGGCUGCCUGCCUCCUCCGCCCCGUCCGUUUCCCUCGUCUCCAAGCGCUGGCUCUCGCUCCUCCGCUCCUCCACCACAUCCCUCUCUCUCCGCAUCCCCCCAAAUAUAGUUACUGCCACUGAUGCUACUGCUGGUACUGGUAAUUCACCAUCGCUUUCCUCCAUCCUUGCCUACUACCCUUUCCUCACCAACCUCACCGUCAUCUCCGCUCGCGAAGACGCCGACGCCCUCCUCCUCUCCAUCGCCGCCGCCGCAUGCUCCCCCCGCCUCGCCAUCCUCCGCUUCCUCCCGGCCUCCCCCCUCUCCCCCUCCGCCCUCCACUCCUCAGCCGCCGCCUUCGCCAGCCUCACCUCCCUCCGGAUCGCCUCUCUCCUCCCCCUAUCCUUCUGCUGGCUCUCCUCCCUUCCCUCUCUCCGAUCGUUCUCCCUCGUCCGCUCACGCCCCAAACGCCUCCCCGGCUGUCGGCGAGAACCGCCAUGGCAAGAAGCGGAAGAGCCGCCGCCGCCGCCGGCUGAAGAGGACGAGGACGACGAUGUCGAUCAGUCGACGCCCGUGACGCUGCCGCUUGAGAGCCUGUCCUUGUCCGGCAUCUGCGCCGCCGACCGCGGUCUCUCCUGGCUGUGGCGCCGGUGCGCGGGACUCCGGUGGCUGCAGCUGCGCGCCUGCGAGGGGACCGGCGACGGCCCCUCAUCCCCAGCCUUCCCCCUCUGCCUCCCCGGCCUCCUCGGCCUCGAGCUCCGCACCUGCCGCGCGAUCGCCGACCGCGUCCUCCUCCAUGCCGCCGAACGCUGCCGUGCCCUCACCUCUUUCCUCCUCUACGACGGCGGCAGCCGCGAUGCCCUCCGCCACUUCAUCCAUCGUCGCGGUGCCGCACUUCGUACCCUCGACCUCCGCCUCCCGCUCGACCUUCAUAACGACCACCUCUUCGCCAUCGCUGCCGACGACCACCGUGGCGGUACCGGCGCGCCCAGCGGGUCCGGCCACCAGCUCGCCGCCCUACGCCUGCACAGCUGCUGCCUUGUCACGGGAGACGGGCUCCGCUCCCUCGCAUCGUCCCCGGCUGGUGCGGCGAUUGAGGAGCUCGCCCUGGUGAAUUGUGAUGUCGUGGAGCGGGAACCCGGGCUGCUCACCUUCCUCAGUCAGAGCAUGCAGCGGCUGCGGAGGCUGGACUUGUCCCACACUGAGACGCUGACCGAUAAGGAGGUGGGAUCGAUGCUUGCGUCUUGCAGGAAUCUGGUGGAGAUCAGAUUAAGAGGGUGCGGAGCACUGACGGGUGCUUCUUUGAUUUCCUUGCUUAAGCACUGCGGCCAGCAGUUGGAGGUGGUUGAUAUUACUCGGUGUCCGGGAAUCGUCAGUGAUGCUAUUGAACUACUCGUCAUGAAUGCUUGCCGAUUGAGUCAACUGAUGGUGGAGGAGAGCAAAGUCACUGAAGCUGCUAUGAUUUGGCUGUCUCGAAAAGCAAUUAAGAUAGGUUGAUCAUGUAGUUCAUAUAUCAACCGCAAAGAAGGUACAUCAACUGAGUCCCAACCAAAAGCACCUUAAUUUAUCUUUCCUGCAGUUUAAUAAGUUAUUAGGUCUCUCAGUUGUCCAUAGUGUAAAUACAAAUUCUCGGCUCCUCACAAAAAACUUGGUCGAAUAUGAUGCAUUUUCCACUGUCACAACUGUAUCUAAGAGUGUCAAAAAUGUACUAGUAUUUGUAUCUGUGUCAUUAUUUCUAGUGAUCAUCCUGGGAAUCCAGUCACUCUCUCCAUGCCUAGGCGUUUAUGAUUAUGGCUUGGAAGAGAGCAUUGUAUGUUGUUUAUGUCUAUGAUAUAGCAAUUAAGAUAUGUCAUACAUUCUCAAAUCAUGAGUUGUUGGCCAUUUGCAAA